AAUGCUGAAAUAAAAUACCUAGCUGAUAAUCACCUUCCUCCUCCGUUGUUGUGUCGUCGCGCGAAGUGGUGAACGGUGUUUGCUGUUGAAACCUGAAACUGAAUGCAUUGAGCUUCCAUAACUGUUUUCUGAACUAGUUUCGAUUCUUCUUGUGCUUUGUUAAUAACCUAAGAUGACUCGUUCCAAAGCGAACUCGAAGAAACCUCGUGGUGUGGACUUCAAGAAAAUACGGCGGAAGAUUGGGAAGAAGCUGCCGCCGCCUAAGAAUGCAACGAACACGGAAAUAAAAUCUAAAGCGAUUGUUCUUCCGGAGCAGAGUGUAGCGGCGGAUAAAGCCGGCUUAGCGGUGAACAAGAAAGGUUUAACUUUGAAAGAGCUUCUUCAGCAAACAUCUCAUCACAAUGCCAAAGUUCGGAGAGAUGCAUUGGUGGGUAUUAAGGAUUUAUUCAAUAAGUUUCCAACAGAGAUGAAGUUGCAUAAGUAUGCUGCCAUUGAAAAACUUCGUGAGCGUAUUGGUGAUGAUGAUAUGGUGGUCCGAAAAACUUUGUAUGAUCUUUUUAAAUCAGUGAUUUUACCUGGGUGUAAAGAGGAUAAUCAAGAGCUGAUCGUUUCUUUAUUGAUGGCUUACAUUUUUAAUGCUAUGACACAUUUUUCAUUUGACAUUCGGAUCAUGGCAUUUGAUUUCUUAGACCUCGUCCUCCUGUUUUAUCCUCCUUCCUUUUCUUCUUUUGCAGAAAAGAUUUUUCAGAAUUAUGAGGAUAUUCUAAGGAAGAACCAGUACUUUUCCCAGGACCGAGGAAAACUAAAGGAUGCCCUUGCUGGAUUGAUCCGCUGCUUGUCACUCUUGCCAUGGAAUAAAGGAGAAACUAAUUUGGUUAAUAAGAAUGAGAAUGAUCGAAUAUUAUUGCAUGCUUUUCAUGAUGACAUGCCUAGGAGCUCCAAUGGUUUUUCCCAUAUCAUAAAGAAAUUGAGGGAUAUAGCGCCAUUAUUAAUAAAUAGUUUCCUGGAAUUUACUCCAUCGAUUACUGCUAUGUCAAGUAUUGAAGGAAAGUCUUUUGGCUGUAUGCUAUCUAUUCUUCAUGGCAUAGAUCUUAUAAUCAGGUCAUUUGUUUAUGGGGCUGAUAAAGAUUCAGAAUCUCCAAGUAUGGAAGGUGAACCUAAUGGGGCUAUGUGGGAUGUUAAAAUCUCUUCUAUACUGUUGAAGAAAUUAUUUCCUCUCUUCCCCCUCAGUCCAGCUCAUCAUCUUUCAGAAAAGGUAUACAUUCUUUGUAAACCUGAUUUAAUUUGUCAAAGUAGUGCUUUUUUGGGAUUUGAGGCCAACGAUUUACUGAUAGGGUGUUGGAGAAGAGGAUUGGUUGACUUGAACAUGGCUGUUGCAAAAAUAUUUUUUGAAUUAAAUGAAUGGAUCUGUCUUCCUCCUGAUUUGUUGGAGAAAUUUCUUGAGUUUAUGGAACAUGCACUGCUCGGGCAGGUAUGUGAAGGUGCACGAUCUGAUAAUGCUGUCUCGGAAAAGCGUUUGAUUCAGCUCCUUCCUUUUAUUCCAAAAUUUGUUUCACGUGGGGCAAGCUAUUGGACAACUCGUCUUCUUCAGGCAUUUACGUAUAUAUUCAGGGAAAGCAAACCGGGUUCCUUAUUGAAAUUGGCCUGUCUAUCUGCAAUCGAAGACAUGCUAACUCCUAUCCAAGCCAUGCUUUCUCUGGAGACAAGCAAUCCAGAAAAUUUAAAACUUCAAGAAUCUUUAAUGGCUUGGAUUGCGGAGCUACCUCUUUUGCUGAUCCAGCUUGGAGAUAAUCACCCAGCCUGCUCUGAGGUUGCUUUGCGUCUUCAACUUCAUAUAGGACAACGUGCUUUUUCAAACUCAUCACUUGCUUGCAUGUAUGAUGACAUCCAAGACAAGUUGCAAAAUUUUUAUUGCACAUGUCAAGGAGAAGAAGGAAAGAAAUGCUCCGGUUCUUUUGUGAGGCUUCCUAGAGAAUGUCAAGAGCUCUCUUUGUGUUGCCUUUACUAUCUCUCUCAUCUGGACUUGCCUAUUUUAAAGUCAAUAGCUUGUUGUUGCUUAAGUCCUGAACUAGAUCCGUCUGUGUUAUUCCGUAUCAUUGAGAUUCUUCAUUCAGCCUAUAGGGAAGGGCAUAUAAAAAUUGCAGAUCACUUGAGUAUCUUCAUCACCUUGGUCCUUCGUUUUAAAGUUUCUCCUGAAGGUUCUUCUGGUUUGAAGAGUGACAUAUUCUGUCAAACGAUUAAGUCAAUGACAACUCUUCUCUGCUCAUAUAUGGCACAAAUUGGUGGCAAUUAUCUUGUUCUAAAUAUUAUAGAGAAAGUCAUAAUUGAUCAUAUACUGCUAAAGCCUCCUCUGGAUAACAGUUGUUCUCUCCUAAGAAUGAUUGUUACAGUUGAUUCCAAGCCAACGAGACUUUCUGAACAAAGUAUUAUCACACUAGGCACUUAUCUUUCCCAAUAUCUGAUUGAUGCUGCACAAUGCCUUCCAGAAGAUUAUGAUGAGCAGUGCAAAUCUUCCACUCAAUUAACCACUGUCCAUUACUAUCUCCUACCUUGCUUUUUCUUGUUUGAUCGGUGUCAUAAACUUCUGAAUCUAGUGUUAAAGACAAUGGGAUCAGCUGUAGCUGAAAGUAGUUUGUGGCCAAUAUCUGAUAAUUGCACUCAACAUCCCAAUAACUGGUUGGUUAGGGUGAAUGCUGUUGCUUCAGUACUUCUGUUGAUAAACAAGGAUCUCAAGAUGCAACAGAUAAUGUCUUCAUGCAAGGAAGGUGUUGAUAGCGUUAUACAGAAUGUUAGUUCUUUACAGUCAUCCGAGAAGAUAAGUAUGACAAUUGAAGAAAGGCAUAAAAUAAAAUGCACAUAUGAUCGACUAAAAAUCUUAUUGAGAUAAAGGAUGCUUUGGAGGGAGAAACUGGUUCAUGUGAUUUUUUUUUUCAAGCUGCAAAUAGUUUGUUACAUACUCCUCAUGGCAGGCAGAAGGAUUUGGAAAAUGGUUUGUGGGAAACUCCCAGAUUGGAACUGAUUAAGGAUAGACUUCGCCGGAGGAAUUUUGGCAUCAGUUUUACGAAAUCUGAGUUCGUGCUUGCCACUAUCAACUAUUCAACUGCCUAUUAGUUUUUCGAAAGUUCGGUUUGUUAGCAAUUUUGAGGUAUGCUAGCAGUUUAGGGUUUAGGGAGUAGCAUACGUGUGGAAUACUGGGGAAAAAAAUCCCAUUUCUGUAUAUACGGAAUGUGACUAAUUAUCUCUUGCUGUGCUAGACUGCUAGUAAUUAUUUAUAAAUAUUUAUAACUUAAACGGCAUAGUUUUCCA